UUCCCUCUCAGCGCUCAGACUGAAUCUAGCGUUUUUUGUCGUGUUUUAGCUUAAUAACACGAGCAAACCGAGUCGAGGACACAAGAGUAAAACAAGCGGCUUGGAGCUAACUGGAGGACUUUCUUCCCAGCGUGGGUUUUUGGGACCGUUAAAGAGACGUUUUGCCCCCCUCCUGUCUUGACAGCUGGCUUGCGGAUUGCCCCCGUUUCGCACUUAAAGUUCAGUGAGCCAGCUGAGAUGAGCGGUCCAGAGGUCGCCAACACACCGGGAGGCGGAGCGCCGGGAAAGGAAGGGAAAGAGCCGGUGGCCAAUGGGCACGCAGGAGACGGACCCGAUGCCAAUCCGUUUGCUGAGUACAUGUGGAUGGAGAACGAGGAGGAGUAUAACAGACAGGUGGAAGAGGAGCUGUUGGAGCAGGAGUUCCUGGAGCGCUGCUUCCAGGAAAUGCUGGAGGAAGAAGACCAAGACUGGUUCAUCCCUUCGCGUGACCUCAACAACCAGGGAGUCGGCCAGCUGCAGCAGCAACUCAACGGGCUGUCGGUCAGCGACCACCACAGCAACGUGGAGGAAGUGGCGAGGAAGAGCAUCUUGAAUCCUGAAGCGAAGGAAUUUGUGCCAGGGAUGAAAUACUAGAAGUCCCCCUCACCCCCUGGAGCCUUCAUGCACACAUGAGCCCUUGCACAUCCAGAGACUCUUUACGGCCGUGGCCGCACACAUUCUUAUUGUUACACACACGCAAACACACACCGUACACUUGAAGUCAGUGGCGUGCCGGUAGGCCCAGUUGGGGGGUGGGGGGAUUUCUAUUUUUUUUCUUUUCUUUUUUUCCUCUUUAAUCUUUUUAUUUUUGUUUUUUUUCUCGUAAACUGAGGGGCGCUGGGCCCCACAGACGCUAGCUCAUCAUUUGCAUUUCACGUGUCAUAUUUGCCGUUUUGCAAAGCAUGCAGAGCUCACUGUGGCUCCCUGGGAACUGUGGCAGCUACCUGAGAGAGAUGCCAGGUCAAAACUUCAACCCAAAGGCUUUACAAGAAAUCAAAAUCAGUUCGGAUCCACACUUGUAAUUGCUUUAUUUUCAAUUUUUUUUUCUUUUCUCUAAAAUGAACAAACACCAUUUUUAGUAGGAAGAGGGUUUCAGCAACAGCAAGGCUAAAGAAGGACAAGAAUUUCAGGGGACUCCAGUGAGGUUCUGUGGCUGCUCUGCAAACUCAUCAGUCAAGAAAAUUCAUUAAAUCCGAUAUACGAAAACUCCUGCUUACAUCGCAGCUCUUGUGCAUCUAGAGAUACGAGUUCACCCGUAGCGGCAGCGGCUCUGUUUCUGAGCAAACCCAGAUGCCUCCUGCCCUCCCCCGCCCUUCGCCCCCACCCUGCCUGGCAGUUCACUUCCACCGGUCAGAGCAGACAUGGACAGCUGUAAUUGUGGAUGAGAAAUUUACUUUUCAGAUUUUUAUAUUGUCCAGUGCGUAAGAGCCGAGGUGGUUUAACGCCUAAAUCAUGCAUCAAGUUGAGUUUGUUGUUUAAAAAUAUAUAUAGAUUCUAAUUGUUUAUUUUGCUAUCGGCUUCAUGCUUGGUUUCAGAUUGGGUUUAUUUGGGGACCAGCGUUGUUAUGGGAACGGGGGGACGGAGGGAGACGGGUUUGCUUUGAAACUCAGCCGCUGCCUCCUCCUGCUGGACCGGCUCGGUUCGCUCAGAUUUGGUGUCCAGAUCUGUCUCCUUUUUUUUUUUUUUCCCUCCUUUCUUUCCACUUAGUGUGUUUGAGGACGAGUCGUUGGUUUCUACUGUGGUGUCCAAUUUGUCCUGAUAAAGUGGAGCAUUUGGUGGACAGUAUUGCAUCCCUCCAAUUCUUUUCAUUUCUACUCAAGGACAGAAUUUGUUUUCCUUCUCGACGAAGUUCUUCCUUCUGAACCAGAACUCCUCGUGUUCCAGGAUUUUCCGGAGUUUGUAUUGUUUGAAUAUGAUAUCAGUUAAGUUUCAGCUGCAAUCGCAAAUUACGACGUCCUGUUUUCUGAAAUCUGCCACGUGGGCUUAUAAAUUCAGCGGCAGUAUUAUGGAGAAACCAUCAGAAUAUUUCACCACUGGGUAAUUGGUCGUCCUAUUGGCUCGUCUUGGUGCUGUCGCUGCCCGGAAAUGCAGGAGUUCUGGUUUUCUGGUGGAACUUCCUCAGUGUUGGACCACAGCACCGAACAGCAACCUGGAGAAUGGAUAAGCCAGCGGGGACCGUCCGCCAGGUGGAUCGUACAACAUGAAAUCAUUUUUGGUGAUUUUUGUUUUGAGUUAGAUGACAGAAGCUGUUUCAAAAAAAAAAAAAAAAGAGAAACGGGGGAAAAAAUAAAAAAAAAAAUUCUGAAAACACAGUAUGAAUUUCAAUAGAGUUAAAAAUAAUGAAAAAAGACGAAUAAAGAUGUUAAAGACAAA